AUGUCUCACCGCGUCAGGAUUGAGACGCGAAAACUGCAGCCGACAAUCGACAAUCUCCGCUCGAAGUUAGCGAAACCCGUCCAUGAGUGCGCUCUGGGUUUAGAUGAAAAGCACAGCCACAGCCACAGCCACAGCCACAGCCACAGCCACAGCCACAGCCACAGCCACAGCCACAGCCACAGCCACAGCCACAGCCACAGCCACAGCCACAGCCACAGCCACCACAGCCACAGCCACAGCCACAGCCAGAGCCACAGCCAGAGCCACAGCUACAGCUACAGCCACAGCCACAGCCAGAGCCACAGCCACAGCCACAGCCACAGCCACAGCCACAGCUACAGCCACAGCUACAGCCACAGCCACAGCCACAGCCACAGCCACAGCCACAGCCACAGCCACAGCCACAGCUACAGCCACAGCCACAGCUACAGCCACAGCUACAGCCACAGCCACAGCCAGAGCCACAGCCACAGCCACAGCCACAGCCACAGCCACAGCUACAGCUACAGCCACAGCCACAGCUACAGCCACAGCCACAGCCACAGCCAGAGCUACAGCCACAGCCACAGCCACAGCUACAGCUACAGCCACAGCCACAGCCACAGCUACAGCCACAGCCACAGCUACAGCUACAGCCACAGCCACAGCCACAGCUACAGCUACAGCCACAGCUACAGCCACAGCCACAGCUACAGCCACAGCCACAGCCAGAGCCACAGCCACAGCCACAGCCACAGCUACAGCCACAGCCACAGCCACAGCCACAGCUACAGCCACAGCCACAGCUACAGCCACAGCCACAGCUACAGCCACAGCCACAGCCACAGCCACAGCCACAGCCACAGCCACAGCCACAGUCACAGCUACAGCCACAGCUACAGCCACAGCCACAGCCACAGCCACAGCUACAGCCACAGCCACAGCUACAGCCACAGCUACAGCUACAGCUACAGCCACAGCCACAGCUACAGCCACAGCCACAGCUACAGCCAGAGCUACAGCCACAGCCACAGCUACAGCCACAGUUACAGCCACAGCCACAGCCACAGCUACAGCUACAGCCACAGUUACAGCCACAGCCACAGCCACAGCUACAGCCACAGCUACAGCCACAGCCACAGCUACAGCUACAGCCACAGUUACAGCCACAGCCACAGCUACUGCCACAGCUACAGCCACAGCCACAGCCACAGCCACAGCUACAGCUACAGCCACAGCUACAGCUACAGCCACAGCUACAGCCACAGCCACAGCUACAGCCACAGCUACAGCCACAGCCACAGCCACAGCCACAGCCACAGCUACAGCCACAGCUACAGCCACAGCCACAGCUACAGCCACAGCUACAGCCACAGCCACAGCCACAGCCACAGCCACAGCUACAGCCACAGCUACAGCUACAGCCACAGCUACAGCCACAGCCACAGCUUCACACAGGCUCAGUGA